UCAGUUUUGGUCUUGGCGUUGCACGUGCCGGGCCUUAUCACCGCCGUCAUGUCGGCGAAUGGACACGUGCCUUCAUCCUAUCGUGGUUUUCGACGACAUUAAUCAUCGUUAUUUGUUGUAUCAUAUGGGCAGUUCUGUUCUUUUUUAAAAAAUUUUUUGGCUUUUAUUGUUUUUACCUACGUUUUCCGAAAUUCUCUCACUUGAUGAAACAAUUAUUAUUAUAGUUGCGUCGAAACGAAAAUAUGGCGUUACUGUUGAACUACUCGGGGUGCUUUUGGUUAUUAAUAAUAUCGCUAAUCUUGAUUCAAGCUCAUAAUCCAGGAUUUACCCGUUCUAAAAGACAUUCAAACCAGUCAGGAUUAAUUGCCAUUUUUGGUAAUGACAAUGUCACUGGUUUCAAUGUGAAUUCUACGUGGAAGACAAAUGAUACUAAAGAUUGGGGAGAAUGGUCUCCGUGGUCACCAUGGACUCCUUGCUCUACAUCAUGUGGUCUAGGCGUAACCAAACAAACCAGACAAUGUAUUCGAAAAUCAACUGACGUACAAAGGAAUGUUUUUUACAAAAGACAACGUUUGAAACGAGUGUCUGACGUGGACGACAAAUGCAGAGGGCAAACAGAGGAAACUAGAUACCACGUUUGUAAUAAACAGAUAUGCUUGAAUAAUACUGAUUUUCGGGAAACUCAAUGUUCGUCGUUUAACGAAAAGUUAUUCAACGGUCAAAAAUAUACAUGGUCAGCAUACUAUCAAGCUACAAAUCAAUGUGCAUUGAACUGUCGGGCAAUAGGAUAUCGUUUCUAUGCCAUCCUAAAACCGAAGGUAAUAGAUGGCACAUCUUGCAAUGGAACAGACAAUUCAAGACCUUUCAUAUGUGUGGAAGGGCAGUGUAAGGUGGUCAGUUGUGAUGGUUCAAUAGGUGGACCUCUAAAGAGGUUUGAUGGUUGUGGUGUAUGCGGUGGUGACAAUAGCACGUGUCGUUUAAUUUCUGGUAUUUUCACUAGACCCGACAUGCCGACAGGAUACAAUUUAAUUACCAGAUUACCAAAAUCUGCUUGCAACAUUACCAUCAACGAACUUAAACCAUCAGCUAAUAACAUAGCGUUGAAGCAUACUGUCGGUCCAUACAUUUUGAAUGGCAAUUGGACGAAUAGUUGGCCAGGAGACUACGAAGGAGCGGGUACGGUAUUCACGUAUCGGAAAGAAAACGGUAAUUUUGGUGAAUCCAUUUUUGCCACGGGACCGCUAUCAGAGUCUGUAGACCUUAUUUUGGUGUUCAGGUACACGAAUCCCGGCAUCAAGUACGAAUACAAACUGCCACUGGAUGCCCCUGCUCAGGACGAGUCCAUCACGCCACCGUUGAUCAGACACCAUUCGCACAUGUCUGCAUAUUAUCCAGGAAACUAUUUGCCGGUUGGCGACGAAGCGUACGCGACGGAUAAAGGGUUGGAACUCGACAACGAAGACAAAACGAAAUUCAACCAGGACCAACCGCACGGAACACCGACGGAGUAUCAAGGAUUCAUCGGCGACGAAGCUGCAAAACCGCGUAACAAGGGCAGGAAAAAAAAGUUUUUAUGGAAAUUGAACGGCUAUUCAGAAUGUACCAAGACUUGUGGUGGAGGAUAUCAGACGUCCACGAUGGUGUGCAUUAAAGAACACAACCAGCAGCAGCAAAUUGUCGCGGACAAACGGUGCCACGGGUUGGAGAAACCACAACCCCAGGUGCUCAGAUGCAACGUGAAACCAUGCGAGGCACAGUGGUCGAUAACCGAUUGGAGCCCUUGCUCAGUUGGUUGCGGUUUAGGGGUCCAGACCCGGGAGAUGGCGUGCAGGCAGCAAAUCAAUCCCGCGCUGACGAUGAACGUAGAUGAGUCGGCUUGUCCAUCGCCAAUGCCAGCCAACGUCAUCCUGUCCAAAGCCUGUCAAAGGCCGCCUUGUGAUUCCACCCAAUCUGACGGGACCUCGCAUUGGAUCGCUGGCACUUGGUCCAAAUGUUCCACGACUUGUGGCACGGGCAUCAAGUCACGAUCGGUAAGCUGUUCGUCAGCCAACGAAACCGAAUGUAAGCCUAACGAUAAACCUCCGCAUCAGACGACUUGUGACAUGGGACCGUGUGCGAUGGCCCUUUCCAACGCUGUUGGCUCGUGGAUUCUAUCGGAUUGGUCACAGUGUUCAGAAACAUGUGGCACAGGUACCCAAACUAGAAAGGUUUAUUGUUCGCUAGGAAUUGAUCGCGAGAACGCAUGUGAUCAAUCAAUAAAACCAGAGGCGAGCAGAGCUUGCUUGAGCGACAAAGAUUGUAGUGGACUUUGGUUUACAGGACCUUGGUCACAAUGCUCUGAAAUGUGUGGUUGGGGUAAUCAAACAAGAACUUCUGUUUGUAUGUCUUAUGAUCAAAGAGAAUGGAAAGUUGUUCCUCAAAGUCAGUGUUCCGGCAAAGAAAAGCCGGCUAUGACCAUGUCGUGUUUCACCCAAAACUGCGAUUCUAAUUGGUUCACUUCGGAGUGGCUGCCGUGCUCGAGAUCGUGCGACUUGGGUGUUCAGAAACGAGAUGUCAAGUGCCUCAAUGAAGUAUUAAAACCAUCGUUAGAAUGUGAUGAAUCGAAGAAACCACCUGCCAGACGUUCGUGUAACUUAAGUCAAUGCGUCAAUAGUUAUUCAGCAGCAGUAUCAAGUGAAGAGAGCCGAAUCGAAAGAGAGAACAAGCCAAUAUUGACCAGUACUCAACCACCGUCGGAUCAAGAUGAUCCCAAGUGUGUUGACAUUCAACAUAGAAAUUGUAAUUUUGUCGCCCAAGCCAGACUGUGCUCUUACAAGUAUUAUAAAAUUUCAUGUUGCAACUCUUGUCGAAACAAAACGUAAAUCGAUUACAGUCGGAGUACACUUAAAUAUUAAUUCAUUUUCAUUUUUAUAGACAUCAUCGAGACAGCUAGUUAAUAAUAAUAUUUAAAAUUCGAUCAAUGUAAAAAAUAGUACUUACAUAUUUUACACCACAAUAUUUCUGUACCUAUUAUUUACCAAUUUACAAUGUAGUUAGGUAAUAUGAUAUACAUUUUAAUUUAUCGAAUACGUCAUGUAGGUACUAGACAAAAUUCGUUUAUAAACAAUGAUUAUUGUGAUAAAGUGUUUGUCAUGUAAGUAUUAAAUGUAAAAAUGUAAAUGUACUAAAAGGUAUUAAAAAUAUUACAUUUAUGUCAAGCAAUCGGAUGCGUCAAGAAUCUCCAAAAAUUCAACGAGAUUAGUAUUAUAAUCAUAAUAGUAUUAUCUAAUCUAAAAUAUUCGAAUAUGUUUUUAUUAUUAUUAUUAAUUUAUCUUGGAUUAAAAUGCAUACAAUUCCAAAAAAAACAACACAGAAUUUAUUUACAAUCUAGGUAUAAAUGGAAAACCAUUGAAAAAACUAUUUAAAUUUUAAUUAAAUCUUAUUAAUUGUAGAACGAUUUAAGUAUGUAGCCAAGUAGGUAAUCAUCUUUUAACUCAUUAUUAUUAGAUUAUAUUAUUUAUAUGUAUAUUGUGUGUUUUAAUGUUUAGCAUAUUAAUAUGAUUAUGUGUGUUACACAAUUUAAAUUUAAUUACUUUGCCUAUAUAAGACGUGUAAUAUAAUAGCAUAGGAAUACACAUAUUUUUUUAUUGUUCCUAUUCGAUUACCUAAUAAAUUUAAUUUAAUUUUUUAGGAU